AACGAACAUUUUUAGGUAUGUACACAGUAAACAAAGUGGUGUGGGGAUAUUUUGGCUAGAUUAUUUUUGCCCCUGUCCAUGUCUAUGGUCUGAACAACCCCUCGAAUAGUUAUUUCCUGCUGUCGGAAAAAUAACCUUUGUUGUUUUUGGUUACAGUAGCCUACGACACACAACUGAUUUAAGUAUACUAUUCAUCGAGUAAAGCGCACAAGUAGCCUAUGACUUGCUGACUCGUCCGGAUGCUCGUUAUGUUGCUUUUUUUUAUUGGCGACUUCUCAAAAAGGUAAAGCUAAAAGUAUGCUAACUAUUCGUGUCGUGUGAAAUUCGUGUCGUUUGUUCUCUCCGUCGCCAGUGUUUUAUAUAGGCUAAUCUGAGAACGGAUACCAAAAGGGUUUCACGAUAAGGUAGGCUACUCAUGCAACGUUUUGGGGGAAAUAUUAAGUUAGAAGUAGCCUACAGUAGGGAACAAAAUUCUGCACUAAGUGCGAAAGUCCCAAAUCAUAUGACCUCCACAUUAAAAGGGAAGUUUGUGUGUCAGCACAAUAGGCUAGGCUACUUCGUGCUUCUGUGAUAGGCUAUAUAAUCGUCUCCGCACAAAAUCCAGACUAAGAAACCGAGUGACAUCCCUUUUUCUGUAGGCACAAUCAGCUGGUUAUAUGUACCGGGUGGGGCUGCGGUUCUGCGGUCCAAUAUUUGCUUUGCUACCCCCAGUUUGAUCACAAGACAGUUUCGCCGCUAUCCACUCUGAACUCCGCUAGUCACGAGUUGCGUCUCGCCGACCAAAGAAAUAAAAGCAAAGCCGUCAUGUAAGAGUGGCUUUACCGUACGACCCCUUCUCUUGACUCGCAUCGAGUUUUAGGCUAUUUAGCGUAUAGCGUACUGGCAAGUGAAACCUAUUCACUUCAUAGUAAACGAGUUAAAAGCUACAAUUAGCCAAAUAGCCAACUCAACUUUUGUCAGAUUAGCCUACUUCUUGCAUGUGAGCCACCAGCCUAAAAAUGAUAACGUUCGAAGAAGCAAAGACUCGAUUGGAAGUCGUCGGUCAGUCCCACCUUCUCAGGUUUUGGCCUGAAUUAAGCGAGGAGGAGAAAAGCAGGUUUCUGGGCGAAUUGUCAGAGUUAAACAUUAAGGAAUUGGAGGAUCACUGCCGAGGCGCCACCAAAGCAGCUUUCGGCCAACAAACGAGUCUCCAGGAUGGACUGCACCGGGAGAUGGAGCCCGUUCCGCCGGAGUUCAUUGGCGGCGUUAAGAGGAGCGACAAAAAUACUCUGGAUGAAUGGGAAAACGAAGGUAUUUUGCAGAUUUCUCGGAACAAGGUGGCUGUGUUGCUUCUGGCCGGUGGUCAGGGCACUCGGCUCGGUGUGCCGUACCCGAAGGGGAUGUAUAGCGUGGGCCUGCCGAGCAAAAAGACCCUGUACCAGAUCCAGGCCGAGCGCAUCCGGAAGGUUCAGGAGCUGGCGGCUGGGAAACACGGUUCAAAGUGCACAGUGCCAUGGUACAUAAUGACCAGCGAAUUCACCCUGGACCCCACAGAGAAGUUCUUCAGGGAGAACCACCAUUUUGGCCUGGACCCGGGCAAUGUGGUGAUGUUUGAGCAGAGGAUGGUCCCGGCCGUGGGGUUUGACGGAAAGCUGCUUCUGGAGCAGAAGGGAAAGAUCGCCAUGGCGCCAGAUGGAAAUGGAGGUCUCUACCGUGCGCUGGUGGAUAACCAGGUCCUGGAGGACAUGGAGAAGAGGGGGGUGGAGUAUCUGCAUGUGUACUGCGUCGACAACAUCCUGGUCAAAAUGGCCGACCCCGUCUUCAUUGGCUUCUGUGUGAGGAAAGGAGCAGACUGUGGUGCCAAGGUUGUGGAAAAGGCGUAUCCGGAGGAGCCAGUGGGUGUUGUUUGCCAAGUGGGUGGGGUGUACCAGGUGGUGGAGUACAGCGAAGUCCUUCCAGAAACGGCCAAACUGCGCGGCGCGGCCGGCGAGUUGGUCUACAGCGCUGGAAACAUCUGCAACCACUUCUUCACCCGGGACUUCCUGAGGAGCGUCACACAGCACUUUCAGGGGGAGCUGAAGCAGCAUGUGGCGCUGAAGAAGGUUCCCUUCAUGGAUGAAGAAGGAAACCUGGUGAAACCCAGCAAACCCAAUGGAAUCAAGAUGGAGAAAUACGUCUUUGACGUAUUCCAAUUCUCCAAGAAGUUUGUGGUCUUUGAGGUUCCACGCGAGGAGGAAUUUUCACCCCUGAAGAACGCGGAUGGGGCAGCCCUGGAUACACCCACCACUGCGAGGCGCUCCCUCCUGGCCCAGCAUUACCGCUGGGCACUGGCCGCCGGAGCCACCUUCCUGGGCCACCAGGGGGCGCCCUUACCCCCUGAACCCUGCAGGACUUCUCAGGAUGAAGACCCACCUGCGGUCUGUGAGAUCUCUCCACUCGUCUCCUACUUUGGCGAGGGACUGGAACAGCUGCUGAAAGACAAGGCGAUCACUUGUCCCUUCAUCCUGGAUGAGGUGGAAGCAGAAAAACUCCUGAAAAAUUAGUCUUGCCCCACCCCCUCCUUAAAGUCUAAGAAGAGCUGGAGGCAAUAUGCCACAGGGUGGAUGGGGGCCAGGGUAGCAGCUGUUUCGCCAGGGAGCGAAAAUGUGUUUGUAACUAUAAGGGAUUUUUAAAAUGGUGCCUUUCAUCAAAGUUUGAUAAUACCACAUCAAGAAAAAUGCAGCAUAUGGCUGUAUUUCAGGUGAUUUCAGGUAUUCCUUGGAGUGUGUCGGUUUUUAAACGAACGGUCCUCCGAAUGUGGGUACACAGAAAAACUGGAGGAUGCACCUGUUCACUGUGCAUUGAAGGUACAUGACUGAGGGAAGCUACAUCUUACAUUAAUGUAAGGGCAUCUUUUCCAUUGAGGCUACAGGAUUGUAGCUCUGUCGUGAAGUGCAACCUCUGAAGUAGUUGUAUUUGCUCAUUCUGACCAAAAUAUUUACCGGGAGAAAUGAUUAGAAAUAAAUACAGAGCAAAACCAAAAUCCUGUGCAGUUGAUUUAAAAGCACAAAAGGUGUACACGCUUCUGUUCUUCCUCUGUAAAUCGACGGAAUAUUUAAAUAUCUUUUGUUAUGUUUAAACAAAAAUCUUUUUAUAUCUAUGUCGUUACAUUCAGUGGUUUGUUGUCUACCACUUACAGAGAAGACAAUGCUGUAUUGUAUUUCACAAAUUGUGACUUGAAAGUAUGAGUUGAAAUAUGUAUUUCAGUAACCUGGUCGUCUGCCAAAAAUGAUUACAUACACAGUGAUGUAAUAUUACUUUGAAUUCAUAAUAACUGGAAAUAAAACUUUUUUCAGCAA